AUGAUCACUAAAGAAGAUAUCGUCUUGAGUGUUGUAGUGGCUGGAGAAUCUAUGAUAGGCAUCUUGGCAAAUGGCUACAUUGGAAUAAUGUCCUGGAUUGACUCUAUUCAGAAAAAUAAAACCCCCUCACUUAACUACAUCCUCACCAGUCUGGCUAUUUCCAGAAUUUGUUUGCUCUUCAUAAUAGUAGUAGGUGACUUUAUAGUGAAACUCUAUCCAGAUUUUUAUAAAGAUGUUAAAAUAGUGAUAGUACUCAGUGCCUUCUGGAUACUUUUCAACUACUCAAGUUUGUGGUGUGCCACCUGCCUCAACGUCUUCUAUUUGCUGAAGAUAGCGAAUUUCUCCAGUCCACUUUUCCUCUGGCUCAAAUGGAGGAUUGACGGCGCGAUUUACUGGAUCCUGCCGGUGGGCUUGGCCAUUUGCUCCCUGAGCAGCCUUCUGACAGCAAUGCCGAAUUAUUAUGAAUACAUUUAUAGAUUUACAAAACAUCAAAGAAACAUCACCGAAAUGUUCAAUGUGAGUGAAAUUAAAUAUUUCAACCCAUCGACCCUCCCUAACCUUUUGGCAGUUGUCCCAGUUACUAUGUCAUUGAUUUCAUUUUUCCUGUUAAUUUUGUCUCUGUGGAGACAUACCAAGCAAAUGAAACUCAGUGUUUCAGGCUGGAGAGACCCCAGCACAGAAGCCCAUAUUACAGCCAUGAAAAAUGUGACUUCUUUUCUCCUCCUCCUUUUCGUGUACUAUGCGACUUGUCUUUUACUAACUUACCUAAUGAAAGGAAAGUUAGCUUCUGGGCUUGGAAAGAUUAUAGUGAUUCUCUACCCCUCUGGCCAUUCCCUUAUUUUAAUUAUUGGAAAUAGCAAGCUGAAACAAGCAUUUGUCAGGAUAUUGAGAAGUGUUGGGGGCUUGUGGGGAACAGCGUAA